GAUAUCGAUUCCAUUGAGAGCGAGAUCAGUAACUGCACGGCGAGUUUGCAGAAUUUUAAUUUUUGCUAAACUUAGAGCAAAUUAUUUAUUUCAAAAACCGCUAAAAGUGUUUUCGCUUCCACGCCAUCCCUGCAUAGAAGGGAUGGAUUUAGUUAUCCAUAUUUUUUCGAAUAAUGCCCGGAAGAACCAAGGUCCACUCAUUUUCGAAACUAGAGCCAGUUGUCAUACGCGAUGCAGAACCGGCAGAUUUUGAAAGAGCCGUUUGUGCUUCUGGCUAUGGAAAAUUCAACAUAAUUUUAUACUGCAUCUCCACGGCGGCGGGAUGGUCAUCUGUUUUCGAAACAACUGCCAUGUCAUACGUCUUCCCAGCAGCAGAAUGCGACCUCCAGCUCACACUUAAUCACAAGGGACUAUUGAACGCCGUUACAUAUGCAGGAAUGAUAUCGAGUGCUUUUAUUUGGGGCUUCUUGUGUGACACAUUAGGAAGAAAAAAACUUCUAACCAUCGGUUUAUUGCUCGAUGGUUUGUUUUUAAUGAUGGCAGCACUUUCCCAAAACUUCCAACUACUAAUGAUCGCUAAAUUUCUAGGCGGAUUUAUUAUCAACGGACCAUUCGCAGCUUUGACGGCGUAUCUAUCGGAAUUUCACUGUGCCAAACAACGAGCUAGAGUUCAGAUGAUUUUGGGAGCUAUAUUCAGCUUGGGAAAUUUAAUUUUACCUUUACUAGCGCUAAUAAUAUUACCUUUCGAUAUUAAAUUGAAAUUGGGGAGUUUAGAAUUUCAUUCUUGGAAUAUUUAUCUAAUGGUGAGUUCUCUGCCGGCUAUUGCCAGUGGCGUGGCUUUUAUUUUCUUGCCGGAGAGUCCGAAAUUUUUGAUGACAAUAGGUGAUAACAAAAAAGCGUUGCAAGUUUUCAAAAAAGUUUAUCACGUCAAUACAGGAUAUCCGGAAGAAACUUACCCAAUUAAAUAUUUGGUUGACGAAGUGAAUAAUUUCGAUAUAAAUCUUAGCGCUAACGACGUUACAACAAUAAAAACCAAUAAACAAAUGUUAAAAGAAGGAUUCCAUCAAAUUAAACCGAUAUUUCUACCACCACAUGUCACUAAAAUCGUAUUAGUAUUUUUACUACAAUUUAUGAUUAUGAUGGGUUUAAAUACUUUGAGGUUAUGGUUACCUCAAAUUUACCAAGCCAUGAACGAUUAUCAGUAUUAUAACAACAAAAGUGCCACAUUAUGCGAAACUUUGGAAAUAUUUCAACCAAAGACUGAAAUUUUUAAUACAACAGUAUCGACAUGUCAAAUAAACUCUAAUAAUACCGAAGUGUACACGAAUUCUAUGAUAGUGGCUACUACGAGUAUAAUUGGUUACAUAACCGCAGGAACUUUGAUAAAUUCUUUAGGAAAGAAGACAUUACUAGGUAUUUUAGGGUUUAUUUCCGGUUCUAUGGCGAUGAUGUUGUAUUUUUCUGAAAACGUAGCUUCCACCAUAGCAUUUUCUGCGAUGUUCGUAACUUUCGGUAGUAUUGGAAUAAAUGUUAUAUUGGCAGUUGUUGUAGAUCUUACCCCUACGUCAUUACGUGCCAUGGCAGUUUCUCUAACGAUGAUGUUUGGCAGAUUUGGUGCCGCCAUUGGGAAUUUGAUUUUUCCUUACCUUUUAGAAUCGGGAUGUGCACCACCGUUUUUCUCCGUCGGAUCUGUGAUGAUUGGCUGUGCUUUCUUGGCAUACUUCCUUCCAAAUACGGAUAUGAAAGCAUUGCUAUAAGAAAUUUGUAUUUAAAUAAGAUAAAUUUGAUUCAAAAAUUCUAUAUGGUUAUAAUUUCAAACAUAUCUUAUUGGUUAAUUUGCAAAUCUCUAUAAAAAGAUUUGUUAUGUAUUGGUUAAGCCUUCCGUCGUUUUUUUUAUGAUUAUCAAUAAUAAAUUAACAAAAUUUGAAUCAAAUUUAUAAACUUUUAGGAUCGUUUUUCAUGUGAAAAAAAAUGUUCUUAUUUAUAUCUUAUACAAUGUUCGUUUCAGAAAAACAAAUAUACUCCAUCUUUUGACUGACUUUUUAUAAGUCAUAUUUGACAGUUACCUUUUUAUUGGUAGCACACUACGAUUACUACAUAUUGACAUUUCAAUCACUCGGUUAUAAUCUAAUCUGAAAAUUGAUUAUUUUUUCAUUUCAUUUUGAAUACUGUUUCUAAUUUAUGUAAUAUUAAAAUUAAAACCACUAUUUUAUAAUUUUGAAUUAACUUUAUGGCGAAAAAAACCUUUUUUGAACAUCGAUAGAAUUCGAUUACUUAAGAAUCGAAUGAUGGUUUCGAAUUCAAUAAAAUGUCAAUGUCAACAAUCAACUAACUUAAAUUUGUAUCAAAAUGCACGUCUAAAAAUAGAUUUUUUCAUUCAGAAACGGUCCUAAAAGAGACGAUAGAUGUAAGUAAAUUCUAUAUAUCACUCAUCGUAAAACAAUAUUAAUUAAAAUUAUUUUUUAAUGUAGACAAUAUGUAUUUUCAUUACAUUUAUUUAUUUACCUUACACAUAAAUGUCUUUCUGUAUAACGUGAAAUAAAGGAUCCUUAUAA